ACCCACCACCAGACCAGACCAGACCAGUUGCGUUGCUUGCGGCUCCCCUCUCUCUCUCUCUCGUUUCUCUUUCUGUUUGCCUUUGGGACUUUUUUAGAGAGAGAGAGAAGUGAGAGAAACAGUAAGAAAAUACUACUUUUUAAUUAAUUAAUUUUAGAAUUUAUAUUAUUAUUUUACAUUUGCGGCGAAGAAGAAGAAUAAGAAAAGAAACAAUUACAAUUACAAUUACAUUACAUAGCGACUACCACUACUACUUGACUACUUGUACUUGUACUUGUACUCGUACUGCAACUUCUUCUUCUUCUUCUUCUUCUUCUUCUUCUUCCAUGACGAUGACGAUGGCGAUUGGCGAUAAUAAGAUCUAUUUGAUCGACUAGUUCUUCUUCUUCUUCUUCUUCUUCAGUUCAGUGGUCUUCUGGUGCUCUGUGCUCUCUAAAGUGUAGAGAAGAGCAAUCGAUUGAUGGGUUCAAGAUUCCCAUCUCAUCAACUCAGCAAUGGCCUCUAUGUAUCGGGCCGCCCCGAGCAGCCUAAAGAGAGGACUCCCACUUUGAGCUCAGUAGCUAUGCCUUACACAGGUGGCGAUAUCAAAAAGUCGGGAGAGUUGGGCAAAAUGUUUGACAUCCCUACAGAUGGUUCUAAGUCGCGGAAAUCCGGACCAAUAAACACUGCUCCUUCAAGGACUGGAUCAUUUGGAGGGGCUGCUUCACAUUCGGGACUGAUCAUGGCCAAUGCCGCACCUCGUGGCACUUAUACUACGUCGGGCCCUGUAACUUCUGGCUCUGCUUCAGCUUCACUAAAGAAGACAAACUCUGGACCAUUGAAUAAGCACGGGGAACCUAUAAAGAAGUCGUCUGGUCCUCAAUCAGGAGGCGUGACUCGCCAGAACUCUGGCCCUAUUCCUCCAGUUCUUCCCACAACAGGUCUUAUUACAUCCGGACCGAUUUCUUCGGGCCCACUCAACUCAUCCGGCGCACCAAGGAAGGUAUCGGGGCCUUUGGAAUCUACAGGGUCGAUGAAAGUACACGGUUCUUCUGUUGUUAACAAUCAAGCUGUCACUACCUUGAGCCAAGAUGACGAGUAUUCCUUCAGGAGGAACUUUCCAAAGCCAAUAUUGUGGUCUGUGAUACUGCUAUUCAUAAUGGGCUUCAUAGCUGGUGGGUUUAUUCUCGGAGCGGUUCGCAAUGCCAUUCUCCUCAUUGUUGUAGUAGUUCUUUUCGCAGCGGUCGUGGCAUUGUUCACUUGGAAUACCUGUUGGGGCAGACAAGCCGUUGUUAAUUUCAUUUCCCGCUAUCCCGAUGCUGAGCUUAGGACUGCGAAAAAUGGACAACUCGUGAAAGUUUCUGGGGUGGUUACCUGUGGUAACGUGCCCCUUGAGUCAUCCUUCCGGAAAGUUCCUAGAUGCGUCUACACAUCAACGAGUUUGUAUGAGUACCGGGGAUGGGAUUCAAAACCAGCAAACUCCAGACAUCGUCGUUUUACAUGGGGACUUAGAUCCUCAGAGAGGCAUGCGGUAGACUUCUACAUUUCCGAUUUCCAAUCGGGCUUGAGAGCGUUGGUUAAGACUGGUUAUGGAGCGAGAGUGGCUCCGUACGUUGAUGACUCCUUUGUUGUUGACGUCAAUCCAACAAAUGAACACUUGUCUCCAGAGUUUGUCAGGUGGUUGGGAGAAAGGAAUCUUUCAAGUGAUGACCGAACAAUGCGAUUGAAAGAGGGGUACAUCAAAGAAGGCAUCACGGUUAGUGUGAUGGGAGUCGUCCAAAGAAACGACAAUGUUCUUAUGAUCGUCCCUCCACCCGAGCCAUUGACGACAGGAUGCCAAUGGGCGCAGUGCAUCUUUCCAGCAAGCCUUGAGGGCAUUGUUUUGAGAUGUGAAGACGCGUCCAAAAAUGACGUGAUACCCGUUUAGUUUGGGUGUUGUCAUUGAUGAGGAAUAUUUUUUAGGUUAAGGUUGCCAAAUAGAUUAAUUAACCGAAACAAGUGUGAUGGUUCGAACGUCUGUGAUGUGUCUUUAUUUAUUUGUUCUUUUUUUUUUUUUUGGUGUAUAGUCAGUUUUUAGGAAUUCAUUACCAUUAUCCUUCCUCCGCCCCCCCUUUCUUUUAUUUUCUAGGUUUGCAAAGCUUUUGCUAUGGGUGUGUGUGGCUUGAUGUAGUGGGGAAUUUUUAAAUUUUACAUGUUUUUUGUGAUAUUUGAGCGGAGGACUGAAGUACGAUAUAAAGGAAAUUCAUUAGUUUGAUA